CGGGGACGGGUUGUUGUUCGCUAGGGUUUCGUCUUCAAAUGACAGUGGUCAGUCAUGUUGGGACUACUCGUAAUUUUUCUUACCUGUGGGUCGCUACAAGUAUAUUCAGAGAAGUUGGGUAUUUGGAUUAAUUCAUCCGCUGAACAAGUCGACUUUAGAUAUACGAUAAUCACAGUAAAAACCUGGUGGGAGGCGGCGUACUCGGGGUGUGCUGGCGUGGGCGGAAGAUUGGCGAUAAGCGGAACAACAAACGACGAGGUGUGGCGUAAAAUGGAGUCUGGUAGAUCUUACUGGAUGGGAGCUUUGGAAACCUUUUCUCCUUGGAUCUGGACAGAAGACAACACACCAUUAUUCCAACACGCCCAAGACCACGAUGUUUCCGUAUAUAGUAGCAAAAACUAUAGGACGAUACAGAGGAACAACGCCUUUGCCUGUUAUCAGAUUUGUCGUACGAGAAGAAUCGGCUUGCGGGGAAACCGGUGUUAUUGUUCUGUGGCAAAUCCAGGAUCCGCUAUGUCUCUCAGAAUGGAUAACAUCAGAUGUCCAGGAACGUACCAGGAAUACUGUGGCGGACAAAACACAGUAUCCAUAUACGAAAUUACACUACCAAAACCCUUGCGUCUACAUGCAAUUGAUACAAUUCCCGGAGAUCAUAACUGUGGUUACUUAGAUCACCACAAGAUAAACAAUGUCACCGAACUUCUCUUUCAAAGCUGUAACUCUUUUCAGGCUUAUCGCAUUUGUGAUGAACAGAAUUUUCAAACAAAAGACAUUACCUGCAAUGGCGAUAUUUGUAUUUCGAAGAAAUCGAAGUCCAACUGGCACGGUGCGGAUAUUGCUUGUGGUAAUAAACUAAUAAAAGUCACAAACAACACUGUACCCAAUUUAUACAGUCUUUUACGUCCGAGGUACACACACCAGUUUUGGAUCGGUCUCCAACGACGUAAAGAAUGGCGAUGGCUUGAUGGUUCCUUGGCCAACGUAAUGGGUAUCAAUGGAAGCGAGUGUCUUAUAUGGUGGCAUAAUAACCGAGGGCGUUGGAUAUGGUAUACCAACUGUGAUUCACCAGGAUCGGCUGUCUGUCAAUUAUACAAACGAACCACAACCACAGCCACAUUGAGCACCACAACACCAACCACUACGACAACACCUACGUCUUCAGCGUCACAGAAAACCAUUUUACAGAGUUCUGAAAAACCGACCACAAACAGAAAUGGCAGUUCGUCUGAAACGCCAGGAACAAAAUCGAAGAAGAGCGCCAGUAACAAUGAAUUGGACCCAGACACAUCUAACGGCGACGCAGUUGGAAUUGGAGUUUCUCUUGGGAUUUUAGCAGCCAUAGCAUUGAUCACAACAACGUCCGUGGUUUGGAUGAAAAGGAGAAAGUACCUGUGUUUUAAAGAUAAACAACACCCAGGCGCCAAUGUCCGUAUGAAUUCAAAUAACAAUACAACAGACAUCGCCAACCAGCAUGACAACACUAACUAUUCCAUCGCUACAGCACCAUCAGAAUACGAGUUCGAAAACGCAGCAAUGGUCAAGGACGAGUCAGCAGACCACGUGAUCUAUGAAAUUGAGAAUGACAUCAAUUAUGAAGUAAUGCAGACCGAUGAAAUAGCUACUGCUACUACAGAGCCUAAAGAUGAAAUAUACGAAAUGGCAAAUUACGAUGACAUCCCUCAGGACCAGAAAGCUGACGAUAAAGGAUCCACGGAUCGGAUCACAGAAGGCAGAUACAGGGGCUUAUCAACCAUACCUCAACGUACGAUUAGCGGCAGCAGUGGUUCCGUGUACGAUCAUUUAGCAGAUGACCUCAAAUCUGACAAUCUUAUUCACGGUGCCCCUGGAGAUCAAAAGACUUCAACAGCCAAUAAAGACAUUUAUAACCAUAUAGAUUCUAAAGGCGGCGGUGGCGACACUUAUGAUACAGCAGACACCGUUGCAACGUCAAACAUUGUUGGUGAUGAGUAUAGUCAUGUAGGGAAAGCCUUCGAUGUCCCUGCUGGUCACAUGACUUCAGCACUUUCUGCAGACGUUUAUAACCACAUAGAUUCGAAAGGAAGUGGCGGCGAUACUACUUAUGAUUCAACAGACGAUAUUGUGACGUCACACUUUUCUGAUGAUGAUUACAGCCAUAUAGAGAAAGCAGCUGAUGACACGUAUUACAAUGUUGGUGAUGUCAAGGACGUUGGGGAUGACGUAGAAGAUGGCGAAGGCGAAAGUGAAUAUGCUAACUACAGGUUUCCCCAUAAGUGACAUAACAUGCGUGACUGAAACUAAUCAAUUUGAUGGCUUAAGGGGCUGGACGGUGCCCACUGGUAAAGCGUUCGCUUGAUGCGUGGUCGGUCUGUGAUCGAUCCUCGUCAGUGGACCCACUGGGCUAUUUCUCGUUCCAGCCAGUGCACCACGACUGGUGUAACAAAGGUCGUGCUAUG